CAUUUCACAGUUCAGAAGAGUCGUUCAAGCAGAAAUGAUGCAAUCAAAGAUGUUCGCCUUAUUAUUUAUAUUGUUUAACUUGUGGAAUGUUGCGUUUUGCUGUUGUGGUCAUGAAUACACCGUGCCAGAGCCGAAAUUUGAACUCUUAUAUCCUAGAGGCUUCAGUGUCAAGAUACCUCACAGCGAUGGAAUUUCUAUAUUUGCCUUCCAUGGUAAAAUCAACGAGAGGAUGGAUUCUUUGGAGGCUGGUUACUUUUCGAAAGAUAUCUUGAAUAGAACCGGUGAUUUUUGGGUGUUUGAGGAUCGUCGCACGAAUUUGAGAGUUGGUGAUAAGAUAUACUUCUGGCUUUUCGUUAUCAGAAACGCACUGGGUUUCAGAUAUGAUAAUGGAGAAUUUGUUGUGAAAGACGAUACCCCCUACAGAAUAGACGGCAUACAAGAGGAAUCGACUUCACUCCCUCCUCCACCUUCAUCAACGGCAACAGAUAACGAUCUCACAACAGAAGCUAACAAGAUAGUCACCACUGGGGAUCCCAUCACAGAGGCCAAGCGUUGUGGGAGUGCCUUGAUGAAUUUAACUAGCGCACUCUUACAGUUGCGGUCUGAAGUGAACUCGUUAAAAGAUGUGAAUGGGAUAUUGCGGGAAAUAUCGGAAAAAUACCCAGAAUCGGCGCGGAAGCUGAAGAUAGAGGGCAGACUUCCAGCUAACGAGGAUGCCCUGGCCACAGUCAAAGGAAUUAUCGAACAAAAGCUGCUUCUAUCAAUCGAAAUUGCGAAGGCGUGGAGGAAUAAAGACGGAAGUAUUACUUUUGAAACGUCGAAUCUCGAUGAUAAAUUGCGGAUCAUCAAAGCUGCCAAGGAGAGAUUGAGAUAUUCCAAGAUGUACCUCACCUAUUGAGAGAGAAAAACUUUUGAAGGGUGUUUGACUUUCAUAUAUUUUCCGGGCAAGAACUUUAUCAGAACUUUCGAUUAUCCAUGUGAAAAUAUUGAUUUUUCUGAUUGCUGACUAGUAUUAUUAAGUGUAAAAAGUUCCUUUAACAAAGUUAUUUAGGAGAAGUGAUUGCAAUAGCUUCAAUCAAUAUUGAAUAUAAUUGAACCAAAAUCAGAUCAAUCACUUCCAAAGGAAGUGAAACCCUGUGGACAUUUUCGAGAUGAAUUUGUUAUAACUAUGGAAUCUAAAUACAAGUUAUUUUUAUAUGUAUUGUAA